AAUGUGAACUAUUUCUUUCAGCUCGGCUAUGUAGCCUUCGCCUCGGACGUCUACGGCAUAGGUGUUGCCUCUAAUGACACCAACACCAAUUUCGGUACAAUGGCAGCAAUGCUUGCACAACGUACAACGGUACUGCAACAAAGGAUUCGGGCAGCAUGGGAUCUAGUUAGGCAGUUGCCGUUCGUGGACAAUCAAAGGAUCGGUUGCAUUGGUUUCUGCUUUGGAGGUCUCACCUGUUUGGAUUUGGCCAGAUUCGACGUUGGCCUCAAGGCAGCUGUUUCUUUCCAUGGAACUUUGACUAACUAUCCAGGAAACAACACGCCAAUCGAAGCGUCAAUUCAAGCUCAUCACGGUGACAUCGAUCCCCACACCACCAACGCAGAUGCGGAGUCGUUCAAAGAAGAAAUGCGAGAGAGAAAUGCGGACUGGUUCUUCACUUCAUAUUCGAAUGCCAUGCAUGCUUUCACACUACCAGGAGUCGAGAAUUGGGGAAUCCCAGGAGCUGCUUAUAAUGAAAAAGCGGAUAAACGAUCGUGGACUGCCAUGCAGACGUUCUUGGCUGAGAAACUUCUAUGA